AUACAAAAACCGUGUGCCAGUAUCCGACACCUCCCAGUUUCGUUCGUGAUGUCGCAUUUCCCAGUCUAUCUGCUCCUGAUCGCUAAUUUCGUGGGCGGCGGUCUGUCCUACGAUGUGCCCAAGGCCACCGUCAAGGUCAAUUUUCCGAUUGGCUUCGAGGUCUCCAUCCCCGACGAGCCCGGCAUUUCACUGUUCGCCUUUCAUGGCAAGGUCAACGAGGAGAUAUAUGAUCUGAGUGAUCAAACGUGGGCGGCCGAUAUAGUGAACUCCCGAAAUGGACGUUGGACUUAUCGCAACCGGAACCAGAAACUUCGACCAGGCGACGUUCUCUACUAUUGGACAACGGCAAGAUAUCAUGGAAUCGACUACCACAACUACAACCAGGUUUAUGUGGUCGGAAAAAGGAAUUCCCAGAUACUCGAGGAAAACGACUCGAACGGGGGCUACCAGCCGUCUCUCGGAAACAACCAGAGCAAUAUAUUUCUCCAAUUUAUUAAACAUAUCCAAAUUAAAAAGACCUCUAUAGUCAACAUCAGUUAUUGAUUAAUAAAUCACUGUGUUCUUUCCGUAAAA